AAGGCACAAACUUUGGGGACGAAAGGGUUUUAGGAGAGCCAAAAAAAUGGAGAAGAGCAGCUUGGAGCAAAUUCUGCAAGAUGCCAAGCUCCACAGGCAGCUCAAUUCCCUCAUCGUCGCUCAUCUUCGCGACAGCAAUCUUUAUCAGGCAGCAAGUGCCGUUGCUUCCGCAACAAUGACAUCAUUGAAUGUCGAAGCCCCACGUAAUAGGCUUCUUGACCUGGUUGCCAAGGGACUUGCAGUGGAGAAAGAUGAGAUGUCGAGAGGGAUUUCUUCAUCUGCAUAUGAUUUGGGCACAUCAGUAGCUUCUGGAUAUGGUGGACUCCCAGCACCUCGCACUGUUGCUGUUGAUUUUGGUGCUGUGCAGGAAACAAAAGGCUUGUCGAAGAGUUUUCCAAAGCAUGAGACACGCCAUCUUUCAGAGCACAAGAAUAUUGCCAGAUGUGCAAGGUUUAGUCCUGACGGGAAGUUUGUUGCUACUGGAAGUUCUGACACGUCAAUAAAGCUUUUUGAGGUUUCAAAAAUUAAGCAAAUGAUGCUUCCAGAGGCUAGAGAUGGUCCUGUGAGAUCCAUCAUACGCACAUUCUAUGAUCACUUACAACCUAUAAAUGACUUGGAUUUCCAUCCUCAGAACACUGUUCUUAUAUCUGGGUCAAAAGAUCAGACCAUAAAGUUCUUUGAUUUUUCCAAGAUGACAGCAAAGAGAGCAUUCCGAGUUAUCCAGGAUACACACAACGUGCGUUCAGUGUCUUUUCAUCCUUCUGGAGAUUUUGUUUUAGCUGGUACUGAUCAUCCAAUUCCACACUUGUAUGAUAUCAAUACCUUCCAGUGUUACCUAUCAGCAAAUGCCCCAGAAAUCAAUGAUAACGGAGCAAUAAAUCAGGUCAGGUAUACAGCUACAGGUGGCAUGUAUGUUACAGCUUCUAAAGAUGGUGUUCUUCGUUUAUGGGAUGGUGCAACUGCCAAGUGUGUACGCUCCAUACCAGCACAUGUGAUGGCAGAGGCAACCAGUGCAAACUUUACCAAGGAUCAAAGGUUUGUUCUCUCUUCUGGAAAGGAUUCUACCGUGAAGCUUUGGGACGUUGGCACUGGGAAACUGGUUAAGCAAUAUCUAGGAGCUACACAUACUAAAUUGCGGUGUCAGGCUGUUUUUAAUGAUACUGAAGAAUUUGUACUGUCCAUCGAUGAACCGGCCAAUGAGAUUGUUAUCUGGGAUGCUAUGACAGCGGACAAAGUAGCGAAGUGGCCUUCCAAUCAUAUUGGUGCUUUCCGUUGGCUUGCACACUCACCAACGGAGGCCGCAUUUGUUACCUGUGGGACUGACAGAUCAAUCCGGUUCUGGAAGGAAAGUAUGUAAAGCAUAGAAAUCGGCUGGCGGCUUUCUUGCUGUGAAGAAAUGUAGAUUGAUGAUCUGACUUGGGAUGUUACUCCACUUUUAAUCUCGCAAACCCUUCAUUGUCAAAGUCUUUUAACAAGUAUGAUUAUUCGUAUUCAGAUCCGCUACGAUGUAUAAACUUAAAUGAUUUGGAAUGUUGAUUAGUUGGUUACAAGCUAGUUUCAGGCCCGACGUCUAUGCAAACACUUGCACAGAUGUCGGAUCUGAAACGAGGUCAAUUAGUGAACAAAGGGACAUUUGAGCACCAUAUGCACCCCGGUUGGAA